UUAUUCGUUUGCUACCCUCUUUAAUUAUUACUACCUUCUGUUUCAUUGAAUUGCCGGUCCUCUGAUAUCGACGGGAGUAGAAAUAGGUCGAGACAAUGGCUGAGAGUCUUCAGGCUAGUCGCUCUGUUCUCGCUGCAAAUCCAUUAGGUAAAGGAUAUAUGCUGGAGUUUUAUUUUCGUUUCGAGUUCUUUGAAUUCGAGGUUUAAUGCUUCCUACCCCCUCAGUUCCUAUUUAUUCUGACUCUUGCGCAUGUGAUUUUUGAUGUUAAAAAUGGCUGAAUAAAUAUGUCUAAAAGAUGGACAUAAAUGGAUAAAGAAGGAAGCUCAUCAGAGGCUCAAGGUAAGAGCUAAAGAUGCUGGAUUUUGUUUUAUGUUUUAACAAUGGCAAAUACUGCUUUGGAGUUGAUUGAAACAUGUAAGUCACACAGAUAUAUUCUGGUACUUUAUCAUUUGGUUAUUCCAUUGAAUUCUGAUAUGGAAAUACAAUUUUGACAAUAUCUUUUCUGUGCUUCCAAUCUACUAUUUUGACGAAUGAUUAUUCCUUUCAGGUCGGAAGCAUUUUUUUUCUGAAUUGCUACUACGCCCAUGGGGAAGAGAAUGAAAAUCUUCAAAGACGUUGUUAUUGGAUUCUUGAAGAGUGAGUCUGUCAAUUUCUUUUUUGGUGAAUGAGUCUGCCAAAUUUUGAUUGCAUAGUGUGUGUAUAUUUGCUUGCCAUGUAUAGAAUUUGAGAAACAGCUUCUUUUGUUUUUUUAGGUUAGAGAAAUAGUUUUAAUUGGGAGUUGGGACUUACGUUUAUAUGAUGCGUUAUUUAGUACCAAAAAAGUAUUUGCUCACUCCCUUUUUCUUGGUCUUGGCUUCAUGUCAUUCAAUUCUUCAAAAAUGUCCCUUUUCUGUCUUCAUCACUCUUUUCAAUGUUUUCAUCCUAAACCAUCCCAGUGCUUGCUGUUGAGUUGUCUUUAAGAGAAUUGUUGUUUUCAUAGGGGUGAUAAAGAUGUUAAUAUUUA